AUGGCUUGGUGGGUCGUGAAAUACCCAGUUCAUGAUGGGCAACUCAGGUCUCACGGUAAGUCAGUGAUCCACAGAAGGCACAUGCUACCCCCAAAGCAGCAGCCGAUGAUCUGUAUCUGUGGAGAACGUCACACAGAAAAUGAAACAAAAUCCAGGGAUCCAAUAAGACGCAGAGAAUGUGGAUUUAGAAUAAUGUACAAGAAAAGGACUAAAAGAUUGGUGGUCUUUGACACUCGAUGA